GAGGUGGAGCCGGAGGCCACUUCCACUGCGACUGGGAUCAGGAGACGGGGUUGGCGCCUCUCCAGUGGCGCCCCCUCUCCGGGCGCUGGCUGACUUUAGGGGUGGCGCAGGUGGGCCAGGCAGGCCACCACCAAUCUCAGGGUUCUCACCGAGUCGGCUUCUCUCCUUCUCUGGCAGGGGGAGGGACUAGCCUCCAAAUAUGUAAAUCUCCAAGCGCCAGACUCCAGGUUGGGGCCCAAAGCCCAGGUCCCCGGCGUCCGGACUGAGUGCUUUACAUGAACAUGACAAGCGGGGACCGCUGUGCUUGGACCCAGGAGACGAGGCGCACCAAGAUGAGCGUGACUUGGGCGGGCGCCCCGCUCCCCGCCCUUCCGAGCCCAUCCUGCGCGUUGGCGACCGAGCAGCGGCGGUGGGGCAGGCUUGGCAGCAUCUUGGGCGGCCAUGGCUCCUGUCGCCGCCUCGGCCAGUAAGUAGGGGCGCGCGUGUGCAGGGGGGCCCAUGCGUGUCGGUGCGCGCCCACACAUCCACACGCGCGCGCACGCACACCACCCCGAGCCUCCCAAGGAGCAAGAUUGACGAGGCGCUGCAGUGGUGGCGAGGACGACUCGGGCUCGCUUUCCCUGGAUCCCGCAGGAACCCGCUGCCGCAGCUGCUGUCUGCAGAGCCCGCUUGGAACCGGGUGUACACGCGCCCCCACCUCACUCCCCGCCCCCUCGGAGCCUGUGUCAUGAAGACUGCCUCCCAAGGACUGCAGGGGGGGCGCCGCCAGACUGCAUUGGGGACUGCGGGCCGCCAGGCCGGGAGGCCCAGGGGGACACGAUCUGGAUCCUGUCAUCCCCACGUUUCGCUCUGAGUCCGCCGGGUGCGGGCGAUCGCAGCCACCGCCCCUCCGCUUGCCGGGGGUGGGCGAGCCAGCGAUCUCCCCUGGGGCAGCCCCGGAGGCCUCGGCUUCCUCAUUUGUUUGGGUCUUUUGUGCCGUGGCGCACAGUUGGCUAAGCACCCGGGCGCUGAAUCGGGCCAUUGUCUGCGCCCCCAUUGCUUUCACGCUGCAAGUCUCGGCGCCCACCUCCUCCCCGCCUCCUUCGGGCUGGGGAGCCUCCUAACGUGCCUCCCCCCACCCCACCCAAACCUACCCCACCCCCCUCCAGGAAUCUGGAAGCUAUAAGCCGGGUGGAUUGCAAAUGAAGUGUAAUGCAUUGUGGGACGUGUGUAAAAUCGGAGCCUUCGCCGUGGGGGUGCGUGGGGGCGUGGGGAGGGCCGGACCAGCCGCUGGCGGUGUAGACGCCGACGACGAGGAGGGGCUGGGAAAAUGAACGCAGAGUCCGCCAGGGUCGGGUCGUGCCCGCCGUAGACUGAUGAAGCUGCGCGCUGCGCCCAGGCGCUGAGCCUCCCCCCCCCCCCCCCCGCCCUCCGGGAGGAUCGGCGGGCAGGUCGCCCUCCCCAUCAUGAAGAAGACCCGGAGCACGACCCUGCGGCGAGCCUGGCCUAGCUCGGAUUUCUCGGAUCGGGCCUCGGACCGCAUGAGGUCCCGCAGCGAGAAGGACUACCGCCUGCACAAGCGCUUCCCCGCGGCCUUCGCGCCCCAGGCUUCGCGGGGCUACAUGACAUCAGGUGAUGUCUCACCGAUCAGUAUGUCCCCUAUCAGUCAAUCUCAGUUCAUUCCACUUGGGGAAAUCCUAUGCUUGGCCAUCUCGGCAAUGAAUUCUUCAAGAAAACCUGUCACCCAAGAAGCACUGAUGGAGCACCUGACCACAUGUUUCCCAGGUGUUCCCACCCCAAGCCAAGAAAUUCUCCGGCACACCCUGAACACACUGGUAAGGGAGAGGAAAAUCUACCCAACCCCAGACGGCUACUUCAUUGUGACCCCGCAAACGUACUUCAUAACACCGUCCCUCAUAAGAACUAACAGUAAAUGGUACCACUUGGAUGAGAGGAUACCUGACAGGUCUCAGUGUACCUCCCCACAACCUGGAACUGUCACGCCGUCUGCCUCAGGCUGCAUCAGGGAAAGGACAUUACCCAGAAACCACUGCGACUCUUGCCACUGCUGCAGAGAAGACAUGCACAGCAUGCAUGCAUCCACUCUGCAGAGGAAGUCUGCCAAGGACCCCAGAGACCCCUACUGCCCUCCUUCCCUCUGUCAGGUGCCACCCACGGAGAAGAGCAAAAGUACUGUCAACUUUUCCUAUAAGACAGAAACCCUUUCCAAACCGAAAGACACUGAAAAACAGUCCAAAAAAUUUGGGCUUAAGUUAUUCCGCCUAAGUUUCAAAAAAGACAAAACCAAACAGCUAGCUAACUUCUCAGCCCAGUUCCCACCCGAAGAGUGGCCCCUGCGAGAUGAGGACACGCCCACGACAAUCCCCCGGGAAGUGGAGAUGGAAAUCAUUCGACGGAUUAACCCGGACUUGACCGUGGAAAAUGUCAUGAGGCAUACAGCGCUCAUGAAGAAACUAGAGGAGGAGAAAGCACACCGGAGCAAAGCUGGGUCUUCAGCCCAUCACAGCGGAAGGAGUAAAAAGAGCAGGACUCAUCGGAAGUCCCAUGGGAAGUCUCGGUCACACAGCAAAACACGGGUGUCAAAAGGGGACCCUUCCGAUGGUUCUCAUCUGGAUAUCCCAGGUGAAAGGGACUAUGACUUCUGUGAUCCCAUCACCAGAGCCCCCAGGGAGGGCUGUUUCAUCAUUGAACACAAAGGAGAUAAUUUCAUCAUGCACAGCAACACCAAUGUGAUCGAAUCUCAUUUCCCCAUGACCCCAGAAUGGGAUGUGUCUGGAGAACUGGCCAAAAGGAGGACUGAGAUGCCUUUUCCCGAACCUUCCCGGGGCAGCUCCCACUCCAAAGUCCACCGAAGCCACAGCCAUACCCAGGACCGGAGGUCCAGGAAUGAGAGGUCCAACAAAGCCAAGGAGCGGUCCAGGUCAAUGGAUAACUCCAAAGGCCCUCUGGGUGCUUCUUCCCUUGGGACCCCUGAAGACCUGGCUGAAGGCUGUAGCCAGGAUGACCAGACCCCCAGCCAGUCCUACAUUGAUGACAGUACCUUAAGGCCUGUGCAGACUGUGGGUCACCCCAGGACCCACAUUUCACCCACUGGCUACAAAGAAGUAUGUAUCCCAGAAAUCGUCAGUGGCAGCAAGGAACCUUCCAGUGCGUGUAGUCUUUUGGAGCCAGGCAAGCCCCCUGAGGGUUUGCUCUCCUAUGGUGAACUCAACUCCUGUCCCACCAAAACGGCAACGGAUGACUAUUUCCAGUGCAACACCUCCAGCGAGACGGUGCUUACGGCGCCCUCGCCUAAGAAUAAAGACGAUCAUGACACAUUGACCCUGUCGGAAGGGACAAAGAAGCUGCCUUUGUCUGAGAGGCAGACCCCACAUCCUUCCCGGGAGCCUGGAGGACACAAGGAAGAAUCCCCCAAAGGGCCAGGUGGGGGACCCAUCACUUCAGGCACUGCAGCUGAAGGGCUGGCCAAUGGCCGCCUGGUGCAGCACCACGGUGCAGAGUCCAGCAACUUGGACAAGAGGAAAGAGAUAUUCAGCAAAGACACCUUGUUCAAGCCCUUACACAGCACCUUGUCUGUAAACAGCUACCACAAGUCUGGCCUGUCUCUCCUGAAGCCUCAUCCCAAGACCCCUGUUGAAGGGCUUCCGGGAAGAUGUGAAAAUCUGGAAGCUUCUAUGGGGAGUUCUGGGGCCUCGGCUGUGCCUGUGUCCCAGCGCCAGCAGGAGUCAGGGGGCAACCAGGAGGCCUCCUUUGACUAUUACAAUGUUUCUGAUGACGACGACUCUGAGGAAGGUGCCAACAAGAAUGCAGAAGAGGAAAAGAACCGAGAGGAUGUGGGUACCAUGCAGUGGCUCCUGGAGAGAGAGAAAGAAAGAGACUUGCAGCGGAAAUUUGAGAAGAAUCUUACCCUCCUUGCCCCCAAAGAAAGUGAGAAUAGCAGCCACCAGAGGGCCACCCAUUCAGCACGGCUGGACAGCAUGGACAGCAGUAGUAUCACUGUGGACAGUGGAUUCAACUCCCCACGCACUCGGGAGAGCCUGGCUUCUAACACGUCAAGCAUCGUUGAAAGUAACCGCCGUCAGAACCCUACCCUGAGUCCGGCCCACGGCGGAGCUGGCCCAGCCUUCAACUUCCGAGCAAACACUGACCCCCCAACCAGUGAAGCUGAGAAAUUACAGAAACCUUCCAACUGCUUGCAAGCUUCUGUUACUAGCGUGUGAUCGUCAUUCUGCCUCAGAUCUCCUGUCUCAUGCGAUAACAGCCAAGUUUACGACCCUGGGACUGAUGUUUACAUCUUUGGAAAGACAAGCAUCUCAACCACAGUUUUUGUGUUUACUUAAGCUGUGCUGCUAAGUAGGCUAGAGCAAAAAAGAAAAAGAAAAAAAAAAAAAAGAAAAGAAAAAAUCCACAAAAAAAACCCAGAAAUCUUUAUUUCAGAGUAUUGCUUUUCACAUUUAUGGCUCUGUAGCAACAGAAUAGCAGUAGGGUGAUGUGUAUACUUUUGCUUCACUAACUGUAACUGAGCACACAUAGGGAAGUCGAGACACUGUCAGUGUAAGAUGCAUUUUCAAUGUCAUGAGGUUGCCAUUUCCAUUCUAAAAAUGCCACAGAUGUGUGUUGCUCCCAGUCUGUGGUCAAAAAGAUGCCACAGAACUGAUCCUUGACACUUCCAAAACCAGACCAAAAAAAAAAAAAAAAAAGCCACCACAAAAUGUCAAAGUCAAGGGUCCACAUUGAAGGAAAUCAAUGCCAAACUAGAAGGGACCCUGGCCCUUUAUGUGUGAAUUAUUUAGGCACCAGUCAUUUUUCACUGUGAGUUUUUCAUGACCCAGUUUUUGUAGGAGCUCACAGGAAGUGUCAGAAAGGGGUCGUGAUCCGUAGAACUGGGAGUGUUGGUUUUCAGGAUUUUUGCUUUUGAGUGUCAAAGAUGCUUGUCUGAUUUUUUUUUUUCUUCCACCUUCCAUAUUCAUCAACAGGAAUAUAGGCCUUUGAGUCUGAAGUGAACAAAGGAAGAGAAACCGCCCAGCCUGGCCAGGUAUAGCACUAAGUGGAGAGGUAAUAUAGACUUGUAAAAGGUGUGAAUCAAAUAUUGAAGGAAAAUCAUUUCCUCCUUAUAAAACGCAGGAUGAUCCUAUCUUCCUAUAAUAAACACAAUAAUUAGUUUGUUUAAAAGCAAAAUGUUUUUUGUGAUACAAAUGAAGAGUAUGGCCCGAGGAUGUUAUUCUUUCUAAUGGAAGAACAUAAAUCUAUUUUAUGUAGUUUUAAAUAGAAUGCCUAAAUUAGGCUAUGGAAAAUAAUUUUUAGUGGAUCUAGGAAAGAGCAAAUUUUGGGAGUUGAACUUCGGGCCUUUUAUUCCUGAGAAGAUAACUAUAGAGAAAAUUUUUAAAUGAUUUUUGAUUAGAAAUAUACAUGUGCCCAUGUAAUUAACAACAGAAUGUGCUCAUUCUACAAGUGUGGUAGAACCCUAACUUGUACUCCCCUAAAAUUUAUCAAAGUAACAGCUUUAUGCAGACGUGAACUAUGCCAGAGUGAUGUUUACAGAUGCUUUGUAACCAAUUUCAGGAGGCAUUUUUAGGUGGAUGUAUAGCGAUUAGGCCAUCAUAUUUCAGAAUGAUUUAUUAACAUUUUGCCUUGGUUUUUGAUGCCAUGUUGAAUAUAAAGUCCCUCAGCAGUAUAAAGAAUUGCAAACCAUCAAGCUUCAACCUUAUGUAAAAGUGAUAUUUCAGAGUUCCUGUGUUUUCAUUUUAUUAGAACAGUGGGAUAAAUCUAUAAAAAAAAAUGGGAAAAAAAAUAAUCUGCAGAAGGGAUACAUCUGACCCAAGGAAACAAUCAAUGUAAAGUUUAUUUAGUUUUGUACCAUCUAAUGCCUGGAGUCAUAUACCAUAAAAUACAUAUCCAAAAAUAAGUCUAAAAUAUUUUUACCUUAGAGUUCAGUCACUGGCAUAAAGUUAGUAAACCACUUCUGCUUCAGUAGUAGGUUUGAUUGCCAGCAAUCUGCUCAAGGAAUGCAGUUAUAAGCAUAGUUGUAAGCUAAUUUUUUGAAAUAUCCAGUAACUCCCCAUCCCCCAUACUUUUUCAGAUUUGGAAAUUGCAUUGGGUCAAACUGUGAGCAUCAAGUUUAGUAUAGAUUCCUUACUUGUGCUUAUAAUGAAGUUUAAGCACAUUCUUGAUAAACUCUACACCACUAAAAUGCUUAGGUCAUUUGGCUUUCUGUCUCGUGUCUUAUUUCCUCCAAGGCAUGCCUUGAUUUUUUUUUUUUUUUUUUUUUUUUUUUUUAGAAAUGCAGUUUGUCUCAUUGCAUCAGUCUGUCCAGAAGGAAGGGCAAUGCAUCUGAUAAGGCUGUAUACAUAGUCUGUAUACUAUCUGGUCUCUAAAUUCUUCUGAAUUCAUUUCCCCCAAAACCUGCUCUCAGAUGUUUCUCAUACUAUCAGUUCAUAAAUAAUAGGCCAUUGAAACAAUCCAUCAGCCUCUAGUUGAUCCUCCAAAAGUAGCCAUGACAAUAAUCAAAUGCUAUAUGAACAGGAAAGCAUACCUUUAAGAGAAGCUUUAAAAUAUGACUUUAUCCAUAUUUCCAAAGUGAUAGGUUUACAGCAGACAUUUCUCAAAUAAGAUGUGUACACUUUUUGCCUUAGGCAAUGGAGUACAUGAUUUAAAAAUUAAAAAAAAAAAGGAAAAGAAAAAACAGCUCCUUUUGACCAGCAGCCAUUCAUGUAGAAGUAACACUCCAUGAAUAUCACAGCUGAAUCUCCUUGUGAUUCUUAAUUGGGGGGAGGAGCAGUGGUGACCAGAAGCAGGUGACAGAUGUCACAAAGGAUGAUCUGUGGUGAGGGUCUCAGUGACCAGACACAGAUCCACUUCCAGCUUCCCCAGUAUCCUUCUCUGAAGAAGUGAUAACUUUGUGUCACCCGGCUGCUUAUCUAGUCUUAGGGUUUAUCUGCAGAAAGGUUUACAAAACUGAAUUGGUUGAAUCUCUCAGGAGCAUUCAACUUGAAAGGGUCAACCCCAUCUGUCGGCAUUUUGCACACUUAUGUAUUAUUAUGAUGCAGCAUAUUACUUUAUGGUAAUUUUUAUUUUUGCAUAUAACUACCUCCAUAAAUUGGGUGAAGCGAUGGCAGUGCGUUAAAGUGUGUGGCUCAGAAAAAGCAAAGUGGGAAACGUGCUUAAGCAUGAGACCAUGGCAUUCCGUGUGUGUGUGUGUGUGUGUGUGUGUGUGUGUGUGUGUGUGAAGUCCUGCCUUUUUCAUCCCGUUGUAUUCUUUUACAGCAUUCUUCUAUUUUCCGGUGUAAACUGUCCCUCCUCACCCGCACAAAAGCACACUUGAUUUUGUUAGGAAUGAAAGGAGGUUUAGGUUUCCUCUCUCCACCACCAUGCUCCUUCCCCCACCAUUCCUGCUAAAGGUUCUUUUUGGCAAAAAGCCCAUUGGUAAACAUAAUUUAGCCAGCAAUUUAUUCUUCUACAUAUUUGAUUGGAAUUCUAGGUUUUCAGUAACAGAAAACAUGAGAACUCUAGACUGUCAGUCUUGAAGCACUUUGGGUUUUCUCUAGCCAUCAUCUCUAGCCCGAGCUUUAUUUGAGUGUAAAGAGCUGUGCUCUGUACUCCCAACUUCUGCUAAAUCACUUGUGUUUCAUUUUAUGUCUUUUCUGCACAUCUCAGGGGGCCUUAAUGAGCAUAUGAAAAGGGGGGGCUGCUAUCAAAUAGAGAAAACAAAUAAAAGCUAAAAGGGAACUCACUGGCUAAAAAUAAUAAAUUACUGCUUCUCUGAUGUUGGGAAGCUCAAAUUCAGGAAGCAGAAAUUGAAAGUUAAUCUGGAAGAGCUGUGAUCUGAACACCAGCUGUUCCCAAACCUCCCUGUCUCAUCGCCCAAACCAACAGUUCUGAAAUGUAAAUUUCAGUUAUAUUGCAGUUACCUUUGGGAGAAUAAAAAUACCAAGCCUGCCCAUUAAUGGAAGCAUUGUUCCUUUCUUCUGGUUGGUACAACCCAGGAUAGACCACUGGUCACCUCCAAAUGUACUUGAAAAUAAAAUUUUGACUUAAACAAUAGGCCUAUUGCUCACAGUACAGUAGUGAUAUUUUUGUUUUGUUAAAGAGUCUCACCAUUUAUAACAUGGACUGUAUCAGGGGCUUGAUUAAAAUCCAGCCAACUGAUAAUGACUUUGCAAGUUCAUGUUGGGGAUCUCAAAGUGCUUCCAAAGCCUUCAGAUUCACAAUUAACCAAGCAAGUUCUAUUUGUAAUCUUCAUACUUGAAAUGAAUCAACAGAAGGAGUGAUUUAAGAUUACCCAGAAACGCAGUGGCAGCUAUCACUGAUCUGUUCUUGAUCUGUUUGAUAGGCCAUCAUGGGAAAUCACAAAAUACAAUGCGAUUUCACGUUUUUAUGAUGUGUGCUAAUAAAGUCAAUGAAGACAAAUGCAUCUUGACACCUUUGUCCAUUUUUAUUCAAAAAGUUCAGGGUGUUUGGAAUCCUGCAGUCCUUACUGGAAUUCCCUAACAAAGUGGAAAAUGAACAAACCCACUGGCAGGCCAUGGCCAGCUGAGGUUAAUCUAGACACCCUUGUUUACAGUUUCAUAUUUGGGCUAUCUUUCCUGUGCUCAAACACCAUCUUUUAGGAACAUGCCUCCUCCUGGCAGUGGAAGGUGCUGAAGCAGACAUUUUCAUAACAGACUUUUCUCAAGUACUCUUCACAGUGCUCUUUAGAAUGAGAAAAAAUCAGUACCACAUAUUGAACCCUACUGGGAAGAAUCUGGAUUUCCCAGGGAGCUAAUCCAGUUCAAAGUGCUAUCUCAAAGUAGGAAAAUGGAAGACCCUUGACAGGGCCCCUUUUCCAUUACCACAGGUCAGUCACAGAGCCAGUUGAUUGCAUGCUGUCAGGUGACAGUGACCCUCUGCAGAAGUGAUCCUUUCCUUCCCCACCCCACUCUCCCACAUACCUGUCCAUUGCCAAGGCAUCCAGCACUCCUGUUGUGUGAGUGCCUCUCCUGCACGUGUUUAGGGCUAGGGAAGCCAUAAUGCAGGAGAGACUGAAUGCAAAAGCCAUGAAGACAUUAUUUCACCAUAGGUGAAUAAAAUAGGUAGUGGGAAAGAGGACUUCCUGAUCUUUGCCAAGUAAGGUAAAAGAAUCAGCUGUCAUGCCAUUGCUCUCCCCGAAGGUUUAACAGUAUUAAGGAUCCAGCCAAUAUUUUUUUCCCAUUGAUUUUUACUUGGGAGGCAUUUCAUA